UGGACAUAAUAAUAUAAUACAUUAUAUUUCAACAUUUUCUCUAAUUGAUAGUAGUCACCAGUCACAGUUAAUAGCAGCAUUGUAUGCCUAAUUAAUGGUAAGAGUAGUUGCAGUUAACAGUAACAACUGCUAAAAAUAAAUUAUCUAUCCAUAAGGUAGAGCAACUGUGAUGUUUAUUUCAAGUAAGCAGGUACUGAUAAGAACCGUUUAUUUUAUUAGUGAUAUAAACAGUUUUUUUUUUACUAUCUGGUUUAGAAUAUGUGAUACAGUUACCUUUCAGAGAUUAUUUCCUUUAUCUAUAGUGUAUGGGUAAACACUAUAAACAAAACAACGUGCUUCCUUUAUUUUCUUCUUUAAGUUUUGUUAAAUAUUGUUGAAAUCGUUUGUUAUUAUAUUUACGCUGUACAAGAUACAGAUUUAUUUUUUAUAAUUAAACUUUAUAGACUGAAAUAAAUCCUAGAACGUGAACUAACCAAAGGUAUGUAUUAGAUAUACUGUAUAAUAUAAUACUAUAGUGGAUGUAGAUGGAUUCUAGAAAUAAAAUAAUCUGAAAAACUUAAAAUUUAUAUUUUUAAUUUAUACUAUGUUUAUACUUUAGUAGAAUGCAUAUAUUACAGGUUUAAUCAUAGGUGUGUAAUUUCAAUAGGCUUAUGGUAUUUCUGUAGGUCAGGAAUCACUUUAUGGUUGACAAUAACAUUCUUCCUGUGAGCAGGAUUUUGAAGAUCGACAGCUUGUGUAUAAUUCUGUCUAACAGUAUCUUCUUUCCGUUCUUCUUUGCCUUCAUCCCAACUAUUUGAAGUUGGCCACUCUCAUUUUAAACAUUCACUUGAUCCGUUCUCCCACUUCGUAUGCAAUUCUCAAUCGCAUCCACCCACCUUUUGCAUUUUUGUUACAAUUCUAACUAUUUUAGGUUUCUCUCUCAUGUAACAUGUUCAAAUCUUAUCUGCUAUUUUUUAUACACUCAUCCCUUACUCUAUAUUCUCUUGUCACUUCACUCAUCCACCUAAGCAUUUUCUUAAUUAUCUCUGCUACACUCGUUUUCUGCCCUAUUUGUCUAUCCACCAUUCAACACUCUAAACCAUAUAACAAUCAGCCUUCCCAUACUUCUGUAGAUCUUAAAUUUUACUCUCUUAAUUAGAAUUCUCUCAUUACAUAAUACACUUAAUGCUUCUCUCUACUUUAUCCAACUUACCUAAUAUUAUACUUCACAUCCUCCUGAAAUCUUAAAAUACUUAAAACUCUUACUCUUAACCUCACCUAAAACUACUUCUUAUCAUUAACUGUCUUAUUCUGUUUCACCAAACUCGUAUUCUGUUUUACUUCUACUUAUCUUUAGUUUUUUUUCUUCGAGUGUUACUCUACAUUCCUCAAGCCUAUUAAAUUAUUCUAGAUUAUUUCCUAUUAAAACUACAUUAUCUACAAACGUCAUGCACCAUGGUACCUCCUUUCAGCUGUUGUCACCGCGCACAUCUAAGAUAGGACAAUCUGCCCAAGUCUUGGUUAAAACUAAUCAUGUUGUCUAAUUGAAUUUACACUGGCUGUCAACCUGGCAACCUCAUUUGUUGCCUCUUAGACAAGACAGGUAGAGAUAACAUGGGAGCAUUAACUAUAAAGUGAUUAUCUUCACCUUACAGAAAAAAUACCAUAUGCCUACUGGAAUCACCCCCCCCCCACUUAUGUAAUGUACAGGAAAUACUACAUACUAGCUCUAAUUUUGUUUCAUUAUCUAAAUGAGAACAAGAACUAACUACACAUUUUUUAUAUUUCAAAAAUUAAUGAAGAAUUUAAUAGUCUAUUAUACCAUUCCAAAGAUACUUAUUGUUAUAAAAUUAAAAAAAAAAACAAGUAUAUAUUUUACUAAAUUAUGUUUACCUUUUUACUUUGAAUAAACAGUUUAUAUGAUUCAAUAAAACAAAUUUAAAUUCACCCAUCAUUAUCACUUAUAGGCACACUCUAAUAUUUAGCCCUAGUGCUGCCUUUGGAUAUGAGGACAGCCGGUGUAUACAAAGUUAGAGAUUGGGUCAAAUGGAACUAGAGAACGAGGGUGACUAACUUAAAAUAUUUGGGAUGAAGGCAAAGAAGAAGAAGAUGUUUAUUUGUAUAGAUUUAUAAAUAUCUAUUAACUAUCAAAUUUUCAAAUUAAAAUAAAUUAAUAAUAAUAAAUCGCAUAGUAUAGUAUAUGCUAUUAUAAUGGUUAACAAAUUAUAUACUUUUAUAUUAGUACAAUAUUAUAUUAUACAAUUUCUUAAAUAUAAGAAUAUACAAUUUUCUUCUACCAAAUUAAUUUGUCUAAAUGUACCAGUAACAUAUGUAUUAUUUAAGUAUUCUUAGACAGUUAAAGUAUUUUCUGGAAUUAUACAUUUCAAGUGUAUCAUUCCUUCAGUCAUAUCAAAUACUGGUAAAAAAUAUGAUGUAUCCAACUAUCGGCAAAAUAAAGAAAAUUCUUCAUUCAAUUUAUAAUCAUGUUAUAAUCCCAUUUUUUGAUUUCGAUAAUGUGUUGCUUGGAUAUAGUGAUUAAAAUAACCAUUCACUUCUAACAUAUCCACCUUUCACUAUUUUUAUUUGAUUUAUAACUGCUUUUUCAAAAUCACAUGUAUGAAUUUAGGAUCUAGAAAAAUAUUUUAGUUCUAAAUAGUUCCUUAUUUACCCAUAAGUAAAUUGUGUUUUAAAUACCAUUAAGUUUAUAUGAUAAUUGUAUGAAGUUACAUAAACUCUGUAGGUGACAAAGCAAAAUUUCCAUUUUUCAUAUUAAAUUUGGAUAAAUAUUGAAGUCUUGUUUGCUGCAAACAUUAUUAUCUUUUCUUCAUCAUCAUUGUCAACCAAAAGUAAUAUUUUUUAUUUGGAUUUCCAGAUGUGAACCACUCUUCCUUUAUAUUAAUUCCACUUUCUGGUUGGUUUAUUUUCCAACUUAAUUGUACUUUUAAGUGGAAUUUAUAACUUUGGGUCAUUUUCAGUAUAUAUUUAAAACACAAAUGUAAUUUAAAUUUUGUUGAUAAAUAUGGUGAUCAGACAAAUAAUCCAAAAAAAAGUAAUAUUUAAAAAUGUAUGUCCUCCAUUAAGAAAAUUCCCUCCCUUGAAAGAAUUGGCCAAUGUGUAUAUUAUUCUACCCAUUUUGUCCAUAGCUCAUCUCCAUCUAUAUAUUUUUUUUUCAUCUGAUUAUUUUGUUAUUAUUUUUUUUAUUAUCAACUAUAAAAACUAAUUAUUUGAAAUUAUAAUGUCCACUCAUUUAGUUUGUAAUAGUCUUUGUGAUAAAAAUACAUAGAAAUUUAAGUAAUUUUAAUAAACCUUAAGUAUACUUAUUUAAAUUAAUUUUUAAAGGUAAACAUUUAAAUAAAUAAAUACAAAAUUUUGUUAAUAUAUUUCUGGUGCUUAUGAUGUUAACGUUUUUUUUUUUUUCAUCGAACAGUGGUUCUUCAGCUGUCGCUACUGUUGUUAAUCAUUUGCAGAUGUUUGGGAUACAUAAGGUUAAACCAUAAAAUAUAAAAAUAUAAAUGAAUAAUCAAAUUACACAACAUCAUAAAGAUGUAUUAGCCUAUAAUAUUUUCAAAAAAAAGAGUACAAUUUUAUGUACUUAACUCUAUUGUUGAGGUCAUAGGACUAUGCAUCAAAAAAGAGUAAUGUCUUACAAAAUAGAGAAUGUCUGAUCUCCAUACCUAUAAUGCUAAAAUUAAUUGUUUAAAUUGUUUUUACCAAUUACCAUAUAGAUGGAUAUAGUUAAUAUUAUAGUUAGUAGACAAUCAAAUACUAAUAAUGAAUUUAUGAUUAUCACUGUUAAAUACAAGGGACAAGGGUGGCUUCAAAAAAAAAAAAAAAUAUGGAAAUAUGGUAGGUUGGUACUUCUUAGUAAUAAAAAAAGUAAUAAAAUAAUAAAGUUAAAACAAAAUUAUUAAAAUGGUUAGUACUCGUAAAUAAAGUAAAAGUCGCGUUUUACAUUUUGACUGUGAUAUACCUGAUGAUGAAUUUUUAAUUCGAAACCGGUCAUAUAAUACACUAAUAAUACUCCAGGUGAUGCAUUCAUUCAUUCAUUUAUUUACUUUAAUUAAAAAAUAGUGUUCAUAAGACAACAUUUAACUGAGAAGAUAAUUUUAGUAAGUAUGUUAUUUAGUUUAUCACUGUCUUUUAUUAUCAUCCCUUUAGUUUAAUUGAACACUAGCGUAUUACAAAUCAUACAUAUGGUAACCAUUUUUAUUUUUUAUAGUAUAGCAAUUGAUCAGUGAUGAUCAAUUACACCAUUAUUGUAAUAUGUUAAUGAAUAAUAUUACUAUUUACUUCUAUAGCUGUAAAGAAAUAACCGUUUAAAAAAUAUUGGAUAUUAUAUUAUGUAAUUUGAAUUAUAUCUUAGUUAAAUAUUUAUAGAAUAUAAGACAUCACCAUGGGUAAAAAUAAAAAAAAAGGCACAUCUCGAGUUGAAAAAGCAAAUGCUAAAAAAGAAAAAAAGAUUGCCCAAAGGAUUAAAAAGGAUAUUGGAAAAAUUGGAGAGGUAAAUUUAAUGCCUAUAAAAUGGUUUCUAUAUUAAAUGAUCAUAAAAUAAUAAAUGUAUUUAUUGAAUAAUUUUUAAAAGUUUUAUUUAUUUUGUUAUGUUAUUAUAUUUACAUUACUUGAAAUGUUAAUUAUUGUUUCUCUAGCAAGAGGUAUCUAUUAUAGUGGCUCAUAUUGAGGCAAAAAAUAAAGCAAAAAUUAAAGUUAUAGAUACAAAAAUUGAGUAUCCUUCAAGACGAUCAAAUUUUACAUUUGUUAUGCAUCCUGAUAAAGAUGAAAUUAUUUUAUUUGGUGGAGAAUUUCAUAAUGGUAAAAAUGUAAGUACCCUAAUUUAUACAUUAAUUAAUUUUUUAAGUUUUACUUUAUUAUUAUUAUUUUUUUUUUAGACUAUUGUGUAUAAUGAUUUAAUAUUUUAUAAUAUAAAUCAUAACACAUGGACAUUAGUGGAUGCUCCUGGUGCACCACCUUCCAGAUCAUCUCAUUCUGCAGUCAGUGUUGCUGCUGAUAAUGGGCAGUUAUGGAUUUUUGGUGGAGAGUUUGCUAGUCCUUCAGAAUAUCAAUUUUAUCAUUAUAAUGAUUUAUGGGUUUUUGGUCUGAAGAAUAAAAAUUGGACCAAAAUAGUGUAAGUAAUUUAAUACCUUUUUUAUUAUACAAAAUACACUUGUGUCAGUAGUUUAUAUUAUUCAAGUUGUAAUUUUAAUUAUUUUUUGAAGGGCUGAAGGAGGACCUUGUGCUCGUAGUGGCCAUAGAAUGGUGCUUAGUAAACGACAUUUAGUAUUAUUUGGAGGUUUUCAGGAUAAUACUCAUAACUAUCAAUAUUUUAAUGACAUAUAUGCAUUCAGUCUAGCAGACUAUAAAUGGAAAACUAUCAAAACAUCUGGUAAAUACAUUUUUCUGUUCGAUAUUGACGGCUCUGAGCCAAAAAUUAAAUUGUUCAGAAGAGCAAAAACAAAUUGUUUACAAAAAUUAUUUCAUCAAUUGUCAAUAUAAUAUUUUAUCAAAUUUACCACGCCAAGUACUAUAAUUUAUGCAUAAACAUUUUUUUUUAAUAACAUUUUACGCUAAAGAAUCACCUGUGUAUUUUUUAUAUUACAUUUAUGAUGUAAAUGUUAGUAUUACAUUUCUAAAUUCCAUUUAAGCGACAGUGUGACAAAAAAAGCUAAAAUAUAAUAACAAAGGAAGCGACAAUGUCGUCGCUUAUGAUAUAAAAAACAAAUAACAAAGAUAAAUCAAGACACUUAUGCCAAUUUUUGAUAUUUAAAAUUUUUUCCUGUUAAUGCCUUUAACACCAUAAUCUUAUAUAAUAUAUUUCAAUCGAUGCUCUUUUCUGGCGUUUAUACCAUAAUAAAAAAAAAAAAAAGGAGUUUCAAAAACAUGUCACUCACACCCUUUUACCUUAAGGCCAUCAAUAUUUUUUUUUCAAAUUUUUAUAGUUAAGAAUCUUAUAAUAAAUUUCAAUAUAGGUCAAGCACCUUCACCUAGAUCAGGAUGUCAGAUGUUUGUUAUGGAAGAUGGUAGAAUUGUUGUAUAUGGUGGUUAUUUUAAGGAAAAAAUGAAAAAAGAUUAUGACAAAGGAACAAUUUUAAUUGAUAUGUAUAUAUUAACUCCUGAAAGUAAGUUUAUAUUUUUCAAUAUAAAGUAUUUCAUUUAUCAUAAAUUAGUGAUUUUUUUUUAAGGAUUUUAAGUGAAUUUGUUUUCUAUUGUUUUUUCUUUAAUCAUAAAAUUGUUUAAGCUUUAUUUGAACACUAUUUUUUAAUUAUUCCCCUCCACAUUAUAUCUUGGAUGAGUAAAUUUUUGAUUUUGAAAUAGGGACUCCCCUUUUUAAACAUAUUCAAAUAACGAAUAUAUUUCUAAAAAUGUUGAUAUGCAUAAUACCAAUAUAAGAUUUAUUUUUGGUGAGUUAUAACUAAUUCUGAGUCUACUAUCAUGGUUAUAAUAAUUUAAAAUUUAGACUGUUAUAACUUGUAAAUGGAUAUUAGUGUUAUGUUUACUAAAAUAUUAAGAAAAAUAUUCUUUAUACUAAAACUUUUAAAAAUCAUCUAUAUUUUGCAUACUAUUUAUUGAUUAAUAAUUAUUUUAAUAAUUAAUAAUUAAUUAAAGUAUUCAAUUUAUAAAGGAACAAUAUAAAUUUAAAAAUAAUUGUUAACAAAUCUCAAAUAUAAAACAAAAUUAUUAAAAUGGUUAGUAAACCAUUACUAAAUAUGUAAUUUCAUAUAUCUAUUAGUGGUAUAUAUAUACAUACAUAUAUGUGUAUAAUGUGUGAAUAGGGUUUACCCCGUUUAUUAUAUAUACAUAAAUAAAUAAAAAAAUUACACUCACCUUCAACAGUAGCCCACCCAUUGUGUAUGUCCAUAUAUUUUUUUAAUAAUUGAGCAAAAUGAAAAAUACAUAAAAGAACAUUUUACGAAGGGCAUUUUACGAAAAUAAUUAUUUUUUUGUUUUAAAUUUAUUUUUUAAUAUAAAAAUAUUUAUAGAGCCUUGAAAUUUUAACAAAAAAUGUGUUUUUUUCUAGAUAUUAGAUGUGGUAAAAUUUUUAAAACAUUUGAGCCAUGUAUGGACAUUCUAAUUUUGCAAUUUUCUAAACAUAAUUUUUAUUUAAAAGGUAAUCUUUGAAUAAAAUGUUUAAACUAAACAGAAAUGCUUGAAAAUGCUUGACUAAGAAAAAAAAAAAUAUGAUACAUUAUUUUUUUUGUUAAAUAUAAGUUUUAAAAUCAAAUUUAGAUAAAAAUCGUAAAUAUGUUCUUUCAAAUAUGUGCAACUGAAUUCACUUAAAUUUUUUUUUUGCAACAGUUUAUUGUUGGUUACAGGUAUAAAUUAAAUAACUAUGUAUCAUUAGUGGCCGCACCCAUCCUCAGUAUCAGCUCUUAUUUUUGUUUCCAAUUGUUAAUGAUUAGCUCAUUUAUAAUAAAAAAUAUUGUGAAUUUAUUGUAUAGAAGGUGAUAUAGAUUUUUCAAAUUGCCGCUGGUCAAAAGUGAAACAAGCUGGUUCUUUACCAACUGCCCGUUGCAGUUUAUCUGGUACAUCCAUUUCUGGACAUAGUCGAGCAUACUUAUUUGGUGGUGUUUAUGAUGAAGAACUUGGAGAAGAUGAUUUAACUAGUACAUUUUAUAAUGAUUUAUUCAUGCUGGAUAUGGAACAAAAUACACCUACUUGGAGAUUAAGUAUAAAAUGAAAAAUAGUAAUAUUAUUAUUGUUUUGGUGAUAACCAUUAACUAAUAAUUAUUUAACAAGGUAUUUAUUUUUAGUUUCAGUUAAAGAUAAGUCAAAUAAACUAGAUUCUGAAGUAGCUCAAUGUUCAAUAGAUUCAGAAUCUCCAUCUCCAAGAUCACACAGCGGAAUAGCAUUUAAACAUAAUAUUUUAUAUGUCUUUGGUGGAAUUGUGGAAAAAGGUUCCAAGUCAUUAACACUUAACGAUUUUUAUUCUUUAGGUAAAUUUAAUAUGUUGUAUUGUAAUAAAUUCAUUACGUAUAUUUUUUCAAUAAAAAUUAUUGCAGAUAUAAAAAAAUUGAAGAAAUGGAAUGUCAUUCGUAAUGACGAUAUAUUAAAAUCCGUGACUUCAGACUCUAGUUCUGAUGAUAGCAUGUCGACUGAUGAAUCUAGUUCAGAAUCUUCAGAAUCGUCAGAUGAACAAAUGGAUACAGAUUAAAUGUGUUAUCCUAUAAGUAGGUCUAACAUAAAAUACAAUUUAAAAUUUAUAUAUCAAUAUUGUAAUAAUCAUAUAUUAGUUUUUUUUUUUAUAUAAAUAUAUCAUUGGUGUUUUAAUAAAGUGUAUCCAAAAUUAAAUUAUUUAAAAUUGAAGUAAAUUUAUUCUGUUGUUUUAUAUUUUUAAAAAGUCAGUUGGAAAAUAAAACUAUGCUUAGAAAUAGCAUCAUGUUUUAAGAAGCAUAAUAAACAUAUAUUUAAAAAGCUUUUUUUCAAUAAUCUAUUCAAAUAUGUAAAUAGAAUUUUAACUAGUCUAUUCAAAUGUCUACACUUUAAGCAUAUUAUUUGAUCAAUCUGUAAGAAAGUACAUUUUUUUUAUAAUGAUCAACUGAAAUAAUAUAUCAGUUUUAGAUAUUUAUAGUAUUGAUUGUAAAUAAAAACUAUAAAAGGAUAUUCAUAUAAUUAAUUAUCAAUUUCCUUGUCUUAAAUAUAAUCUGUAAUUUUGUAUUAUUUUAAUUGAUAUAACAAUCUUAAGUUUAUUGUAAUGACCUAUUUAUAAAUAAACCUUAUAAACCAUGUAUAAAAGUAAAAAGUAUGUAAAAUAAACUAUAAUAUUGUUAAAAAAAAAAAAAUUGCCUGUUUAUUAUAUCACAUUUUGAUUUUCAUACAUGCAUAUUGUAUUUGUACUAAUAUUUUUGUCUGGUGAAAUAAUAAAUAUAUAAUAUCAAAAUAAACUUAACAAUACAACAUACCUUACAAAAAUAUAAUAUUAAAAAAAAUUUAACUAUAAAAAGAGUGUAGAAAUAAAUAAAUUCAUAAUUGUAUAAUUAAUAACAGUUAGGUAACAGCACAUAUAUUAAUUAAUAAAUAAAUUGUCUUAACAUUCAAUAAUAAUAAAACUAAAUUACAAUUCUAGAUGAAAAAAACAACAUAAGAUUUAGUUAUUUAAAUUUGAGUUGAAUCUUGAAUUUAAAUACUGAAUGUUACUUUUUCAAAGUGUAUAUUAAAUUGUAUUAGUAUUAGAAUUAAUUAAUAAAUGUAUUCAAGGUACAUAAUAUAUAAGGUUAACCUGCCAAAAAAAUAAAUAUAAAAUACUGAACUAUUAUAAAAAACUGAACAAAGAAUUAGUAAUUGCUAUAAAAUACUACAUGUAAUACUAUAAAUGUUCUGUUAUUUCAACCAAUGAUGUUUCCAUUUGAAAGUCACUAGUAUUUAAUGAUAAAGAACUAAUUGUUAAAGUUGAAGGAGGAACCGAUGUACUAGAUCUCCAGUGUGUAAAUGGAAAAAAUGAUCCUAUGUUAGGUGGGGUACACACUUUUUGUGAAGAUUUAGAAUGUUUCACACUCUCAUUUAUUAUUGUUCUAAUUGCAAUAUCUUCCUAAAAAAAAUAAAAAAAAACAAAGAUAUAAAAAAUGAUUUUAAAAUAAUUAGGCUUAAUUUUCACUUACUAAUGGUUUACCCCCAUUUGAUAUUUCUAAAGUUGGUAAAAACCUAUAGUAACAUUGUGUCCAAAUAUUAAGACAAGAAAUUUCAGUAGACACUUUCAAUAGUUCAUCCUUUGCAUUUGAGGCAUUGUAAAGAGGAUUAUGAAAUUGAAUUAAAUCACGAUCCAAGAACUGUUCUUCCCAGUUCCAUAUUGACCGUAAUAUUAGAGGAUUUGUACCAUCCUAAAUAAUACAUUUUUUUUUGUAAAUUUCAUGUAUUAACUAUCAAAUAAAAAUACAAACAUUAGUAGCAUGAUGACGAUCUUGUUCACAGUCAAAUAAAAAUGUGUCAAAAAUGGAAAUAUGUGAUGUAUCCCAAAGAGUGGUUAAGUACGUUUCAGUAAAUUCAAACUUUGUAGGAAAUUGUUGAAGUAAUUGCCAAACACAAUCCAAAAACAAUAACAACAAUGGUGACUGCAAAAUAUAAAAUAUAGUUUAGCAAAGAAAUGUAUACAC